AAGGAACAAGUAGACUAUUAUAAUAAGAAUGGAUUUUUGGUAAUUCCAAAACUUGUGUCUGAAGAGAAAUUGGAUAAAUAUAGGAAGUGUUUUGAAGGGAUCUGCAAAGGAGAUAUUGAAAGACCAUUUGGUUUGACUGUUAUGCGGGAUGUGGCAAUAGCUAAAUCAGAAUUCAUGCCAGGCCAGCAAGCUAUCACAAAGCUGCAGCAUUUUCAGGAUGUGCCAGAUUUGAUGGAUUAUUGUAGUCUGCCAGAGGUACUCCAGUACGUUGAAGCAUUUACAGGUCCUAAUAUUAUGGCUAUGCAUACAAUGUUAAUCAACAAGCCACCAGAUCCAGGCACUAAAAGUUCCCGUCAUCCAAUGCAUCAGGAUCUUUACUAUUUCCCAUUCCGUCCAGCUGACAGAAUUGUGGCUUCAUGGACAGCAAUGGAAAAAGUUCAUCGUCAAAACGGUUGUCUUGUUGUACUGCCCGGAACACAUACAGGAGAAUUGCUGGAACAUGACUACCCCAAAUGGGAGGGUGGUGUAAAUAAAAUGUACCAUGGCAUAUUAGACUACUCGCCUGACCAACCACGUGUUCAUCUGGAAAUGGAAGCAGGAGACACUGUGUUCUUUCACCCUUUGCUCAUUCACGGAUCUGGAGUCAACCGCACAAAUGGAUUCAGAAAGUCUAUAUCGUGCCACUACGCUAGCGCUGAUUGUAUAUACACUGAUGUCAGUGGCACUGUACAGGACAGAGUUGCUAAGGAAAUCUUGUCAGUGGCUGAGGAUAAAGCUAAGAAGAUGGGUAUAGAUUCCCCUAAAUUUGAGUAUGAAGAUGUAUGGAAAAUGAAAUCCCGUCUUGUGCAGGGAAUUGCCGGCAAUCUACAAUGA